AUGACUGAUUUACAAUCAAAUAUAUAUAACGUGAAAGCUGAGAAUUUGUAUAACAAAGAAAAUGAAAAGAUCAUGAUGAGUGGAGUUGUUUUAAGUAUCGAAAUGUCUGCUCUUAAAAGAAAAAUGCUGCAAAUACUUUCGUCUUUCUUGAAAAUGGAACAUUACUCGGAUUAUAUAAGUGGAAGAAGGAAUUUGAACAAUUUUAUUCAACAACUUGGAAUGUUUGUCAAUCCCAAUUUUGAUGCCAAUCAACCAAAAAGUUUCCUUGAGCUUCCAGAACCACAAGUAUAUGGGUUGCAACCAUCACAUUUGAAGACCGAAAGACAACAAGAAGACAGAAAAGAAGCUUAUCCUUAUAGAAACGAAAAAGAGACUUUAAAUGAACUUCGAGAUGAACACCAAAAAACAGAAGAAAGAAAAAGACAACAAGACAGAGAAGAUGCCAAAUUGUACAAAAAAACCGAAGAAACUCCAGAAAAGGCAAAAUUUACAAUUGAAAAAAUCAAAGAUCCUAAUGCAGAACCCAUUCCACCGCCGCCAUUCCCAAAAUAUGUCGUAAAAAAGAAAAAAGGAGCAGAUGGUGGAAUUACUCAUCCAACAACAACUCCUAAGAAAACAACUGGAUAUAAGAAAGGAAGUUCAAGUGAUUUUUCAAUGGAAGAAUUCUAA